CGCGCGGGAAAGGAGCUGCUGAGCCGGCUGCGGAAAGCGAGGGGAGAGGUGCCCAGGCGGGCUGCCAGCUGAAGCUCCCCCUGCUCUGAGCAGCCCCUUCGGGAGCGCCCCGGGGUGCGUGAUGCCUCAGGCAGGUGCCUGCUGGAGGGGGCUGGGUCCUGUGCAGGACUGAGUGUCCCUCCGUGUCCCAUGAUGGGAGGCGCUCGGGGUGAACUGGGACAGGAGCUGUAGGACAUAAAGGUUUUCUCUUUGUUCCUCCUAGGGCAGUGCAGAGCCAGCGCGGCUCAGACACGCCUUCAACCUCCGGCGGCCUGGAGCUGAUGAUAGUUGGAGCUAAUAUUGUUUAAACGUUUUUUGGGGGUUUGGCCAUUUUAUACAGGUUCAAGGCAAACUCACUCUUUUGUUACAAGAUGCAGCAUUUCACACAUCAACUGGAACUGUUUCCUGACUGUAGCGUGACUCUUGUUUUGUUUAACGAUGUCAAAAAUGCUGUUGCUCUAAGAAAAAAAGCAAUGGAAGGAUCUAUUGAUGGAGCAUUAAUAAAUCCUGCAAUGAUUGUUGAUCCACUUCAGAUUCUUGUGGCAACAAACAAAGCCGUUCACCUGCACAGGAUUGGUAAAAUGAAGACUAGAACUCUUAAUGCAGAAAUUAUUUUCAACCUUUCCCCAAACAACAAUAUUUCAGAUGCAUUGAAAAAGUUUGGUAUUUCAGACAAUGAUUCUGCAGUGCUCAUUGUUCUGAUUGAAGAUAAAGAAAAAACUGUAAAUCUGGAAAGCAUAAUAUCUCAAGUGGAAGGCCAGCAGGUUUCUCUAGCAGAACUCCACAAAAUAACAGACAUAGCCAAAGUUAAAAAGAUGUACAGACUUACUCCACAGGAAGAAAAAAUUGGCACAUUACUAGAUGGCAUCAUUUGCAGAAUGUCAACAAAAGAUAUUGCAUGAAAACAUUCAAAGAAAAGAAAAAAUCCACUUUAAAUCUACAGGAACAACUAUUGCAACCAUUCUUAUUAGUUUUGGACUGUCUCAAUACUAAAAUACUUUGCACUUCUUUAUUUUAUUUUGUUUGGAAGAGUAAGAAGAGUCACUAAAACAUUCUGUGAAAGAAACUGACAGGACAUAAACCACUAAAGGAACACUGAAGCAAUAUUUUAUCUUAAGCUUCAUUCAACUUCAGAAAUGCGUCACAUAGUGCAGUACUGAGCAGAGUUUGAAUUCUCACAACUUGUACAGAUUCUACCCAUAGUUUUAUUUGCAAAUAUUUUUUAAAAUUUUUCCCAAAUCUUUUAACUAGUCAUAAACAUAAGGGUUCAAAAUCUAUUUUUUACCUUUGUUGUAAAGUGCUUUAAGAUAAUCAGAUAUGCCACUAACAGUGCAAACUAUUUUUAUUAUCACCAAGGCCUGCAAUGACUUGGUUUGCAUAAGCAUGGAGAAUAAAGGAUGAUACGGAGAUAUUUUUA